AUGCAGAGAAUGUCCGAUCUUGUGGAACUGGACUGUGAAGGUACAUUGGCAGCCGGAGUCUCUACAAUAUGGAUCAAUGUACAAAUAUCUCUAGAUUUGGAAUUCUGCGCGAAGUGCAUGGCACGGCCAGUAUGUGCGCAUGUGUUCCUCGGGCAAGUGGUGGACACAAGUGGUUUUGAGGAAUUCAGCACAGGGCAUCGCGCUCCAAUAGGUAGUCGAUGGGUAGCCCAAUUGCACCAGUUCGUGCGUCUCCGGUUCUUUGCAGAAACAAGUGCGAACAGCCCAAACCGAGGCGCCUCUCCAAGACAGCGUCCUCGCGUCGCGGCCAGUACGAUCGCCGUUUCAAGUCCGGCUGGAAUUCUGCGGCACACGGCUAGUGUCUCCGUGAGAGAGAAUUCCCGUCUUCGAGGGCUUGUUGGCCCAAACCGUGCGGCCCACAUCUGGAAAAACUGGCUCCAUCCGGAACCCUCCCCUGUAGCCGAGUCCGGCGCUCUCGCUGUUGAAUCUCUGAGCUUGGUUCCCACGGCUCCCACCGUCGUCCCAGACACCCGCCGGUCACGGGACCCGUUUUUUCCACGUCUCAGCUUCGACAAUGUACAGUACUUUUCCAGGCCCGUUGGCAGCCCGCCCCACGAUCCUCUGCCCUCUCACAGUCACCGCUGUCUCCGUAGAAUCUCGAUCUGUUUGAAAAAAUAG